UGCGCAUAAUUCUAUUUAGAUGAGCCAAAGGAAAGAUGUGGAGCCUUCAUAACCUGCUGUUUACCCUCUGCAUUGUUCUGAGAUGUGUGACCACCGCAGUGGAGGUGAUCCAUGUGACUGGAUAUGUGGGGAGAGAGGUUAACGUUUCCUGCUCUUAUGAUGAGGGUUAUGAAUCUUAUGAAAAGUACCUGUGCAAGAAUGACUGUGGCAAUUAUGAUGUUCUUAUUACAACAUCAAAUCCAGUGAUAAACAAAUACGGGAUCCAUGAUGACAAAACAGCACGAAUCUUCACAGCAACCAUCUCUGAUCUUCAUUCUGUGGAUGCUGGGCAAUACUGGUGUGGGGUGACCAGAACUGGAAGCGAUAUCUACACUGAAGUCAAGCUGGAAUUAGUCCGAGACAACUGCUGUGACACUGUGACCAAAGUUCAAAGUUAUGAGGGAUACUCUGAGUCUGUCAGUUGUCCGUAUGAGUCUCAGUACCAGAACAGCCUGAAGUACAUCUGCAGAGGAACACGGCCCUCCACAUGUCUGCAGCAGGCACUGAUCACCUCUGACACCAAAUCAAAUGGACGAUUCACACUUGAUGAUGACAAAGUGUCAGGAACAUUCACAGUGACCAUUAACAAUUUGACUCAAAAUGAUUCAGGGUCAUACCUCUGUGGUGUCCACAGAAACUCUGAGCUGGACAUUUUCACUUAUGUUGAGCUGGAAGUCCAAGAGUGGUGCUGUCUCAACUCAAUUAAAAUAAAUGGCACAGUAGGACAUCCACUAACGCUGCGGUGUCCUUAUCCUGCACAAAACUGGGAUUACAAGAAGCUUUUCUGUAAGGGAGACCAUCGCAACAAUUGCACAAACGUAACCAGUCAAAGGAGGUUCACAUUGCAAGAUGAUGCUUAUUCCAACUCUUUCUUGGUGAGGAUCACAGAGCUGGAAGCAGCUGAUGCUGGGACAUACUGGUGUGGAUCAGACUCACAGUGGAGAGUUGGAAACUACACUAAGAUUCAACUGUCAGUGGUCUUUCUGCAGCACACCACCACUGAAAAUUUUACCACUAUAUUGGAAAUCGUAGGACUAAAUUCAACAGAUGUCCCCGAUGCCACAGUCUAUGUGGUUUUUCCUGCACGCUCUGUGCUGCUACUGCUACUGUUGUGUGCCCUGGUUAUAGUUCAUAAGUACAAAUAUUACAAAUUGAAAGAAGCUGAAGUCCCCAUAAGCAGACAUCCACCCAAGGCAGCAGAGGAAGAGGAACUGAGUGCAGCAGAUUCCCAUCAGAUGACCACUCAUGUCUGAGCUUGCCUCAUCAGUGCUGGAGCCAACCCAGCCAACACUGGGCAAGAGGUAGUAUCUGGUUAGACACCAUGUUUCUAUUAUUUUCAGGCCUUAGAGUACAAUGAACUCGGUUUUAUCUGAAUUUAGAAGCAGGAAAUAAGAGGUCAUCCAGGCCUGUAUGCCAUUAAGAAAUCCCUGCAAUUUAACUAAUAGAUGUGUAUCAUACAGCUUCAAGGACAGAUAAGCUGGGUAUCAAAUAUAUUUGUGCAUUAAAAGCAUCCAAACAAGGGAUACAAAUGUAUUGCACAGAAAACAAUUUGCAUUAUACUUGAAAUUAGUGCUGUCAGCGUUAAUCUCAUUGAAAUGAUGGUUAACACCAUAACAGCAUUAACACGGUAAAUCUAUGUUAGCCCCUCGCACACGGAUCGCCGCGUGCGAGGGGCUGCACGGCGCUAACGUGUUAACGAGCUAACUGCUCUAACACGUUAACACCCUGCAGCCCUUGCACGGGGCGAUCCGCUGUUUGCUCUUUGUUGGUUCUUCUUUAAAUUUCUGGAAAUCAUGAAUUUUUGGUGUGCACGAAAAGGCAGACCUUAAAACAGCAUUGUGCCUUUUAGCACAGUGAGGAAGAGAUGGGUCAAACUGGAAAAAAUCACAACAACAGAAGAUACCGUUGAAAUAAAAUUUUCUAAUAAGAAAAACAGUUAAACAGUGCCAGUACUAGAUUAUUCUGUUUGACAGUAGCAGCACAAUUUAAUAUACAAUUACUGAAAUCGUUUGUAAUCCCCACUAGUUUUAUUGUUGUGAAUGUUCAUCUCCUAUUUUUUCUGAUACGUUUGUCUUCAUUUGUAUUAUUUGAUAUAACUUAAAUGACGUGCCCUACAUGUGACAUUUUCACAUACCUGUGACACUUUAAAAAACCCAAAUUGUAAAUUAUCUGCAAAAGUCAAUAAUUUCAUCUGUAUCUGUGCUAUUCUUGCUGUCCUGGGACUGUUUCAUUAGGCCAAUAGCUUUUGGAUGAGGAGUAUAUCCAAAUACUGCCUUCACCAGAAUUUCAUCCUGAUAUGUCUCAUAUUGUACGUGCCGGGGACAUGCUGAGUCCGCGUUUUCAUCAAAGGCAGAUGCAGCCAGAAGCUACUGCACAACUGCAGGUGGCUCUCAUCCAGGAGACAAGGCAACAACAGAUCCAGAUACAUGUGCAGUCCAUGAGCAGAUAAAUUACACCUCCACAGGAGGCAAUACGUCAUAUUAUACACCUUGUGUUUACAUAUAUAUUAGUGAAUGUCUGUACUGUUAUAACAGGUCAACUGUUGGAUGAAAAUCGAAAGAUUUUAGAGCUGGGCUAAGUCUUCAAUGUUUCAAAAUCCUAACAACGCCGCUGUUGCACAGCCACGAAUUUAUAUGUAAACUAUGCGUACAAAGCAACUCAUCAGUGUAUUGUUGGAUGUGCUAUCAUGGUUUGGGGCCUUAUUUCAACAGUGGUGUUGGAGAUUUUGUCAAAAUUGCCACUGAAAGUUUUUUGUUUGUUUGUUUGUUGUGUAUUUAGAUUUAGAAUUUCUAAAGAUGUGCUGCAUAUAACCUGCCUAAAACUUUGGAGUUGUUGUUUUAAAAUAAAGUGCCAAAAGUCUCCCUCUACCAAGAAAAUGAUUUAAUUAUCAUUUGCCCCCUUUUUUUUCCAAAAAUAUUUGGAACUACUAUGUACCACGAGGGAUAAAGUUCCCUCUUUUGCAUUUUAUUGUUUCUCCAAAUUAACCAUCAUGUUUUAACUAGAGAUGGCACAAUACCACUUUUUUAUGUCCGAUA